AUGAUCAAGGAGCCCGUGGGUGGACCAGCUGCGUUCUACAAAAGAUCGAUGGAGCAGCAUGGGGUCUAUGUUGCCCCAGGACAUUGGUUCGAUCUAGAAGACGUUUACUUUCGUGUUGGAUUUGGCUGGCCCACCAUCGAUGAACUGAAGUAUGGGUUGGGAACGAUUUCUGUGCUUUGCGUGGAUAAGGCAAGAUAG